CCGCUGACCGGACCCCUGACAUUAGCUCUCUCUGGCUGCCUGCUGUCUCCAGCCAUGGCUGCGCAGCUGGCGGUGGCUCUGCUGGCUCUCGCCUCCCUCGGCGCCGCGUCGCAACCGGACUGUAAGGAGCUGGUGAAGCCCCUGGUGAUGGACAGCCACAGCCCCAUCUACGGGAGGUGGAUUCUCCACGUGGGGACGUGGGACAAGCCCGGCCUGAGGAGCGACCUGGUGUCGGUGAGCAGCUCCUGGGUGGAGGUGUCGGCCUCAACGGACAGCGGCGUCAUCACCAUCUACUGGGCCGACCGCCUGAAUGGGAAGUGUCUCCAGGGCCUGGCCAACGCCACGGUCUCAGAAAUAACCAGUCACACCACAUAUAACAUCAAUGGUCACACUUCAUAUCAUGAUGGGAAAUACUAUGAGACCUGCGACGACUGCCUGCUGUCUGAGGACACCACGCUCCUCCCUGACGGCGAGUCCAAGGGGCGAUACCUCUUCCUCUUCACGCGAACUGGAGCUUUGGAGCCGUCGAACCUGGAGACCUUCAAGCAGCAGGCGGAGUGUCUCCGGUUCCUGCCAGAGUUCCACUUCGGGGGCACAGAUCUGUGUCCAGACGAGAGGAAAAGCGCUUCACCUGCUGCCGAGGAAGCGGAGAAGGAGCAAAGUGUGACUGAGCCGGCGACGAAGUAAAGCGUCACGGAGGAAACGUCACACCCCAGUGCUCCCAGUCUAACAUUUACUACAAUGAGUGUUUGUGUGUUUCCCGUGCUGUACAAUAACACCCUUAAAGAGUUGUGGUUUAGUUUAGUACAAGCUAAAAGCUGGAGCCUGAGCCUUCUCCCACAAGGCCUCCACUGUUCUCUGCUGGUUGUGUGCUGAAUAAAACGCUCUCUCGCUC